AUGGCGGCGGCCGCGCCCCGGGACCCGACUCAGCAGGGCUGUGUGACUUUUGAGGACGUGGCCAUUGACUUCUCCCAGGAGGAGUGGGGGCUCCUUGAUGAGGCUCAGAGACGCCUGUACCACGAUGCGAUGCUGGAGAACUUGGCACUUACAGCUUCGCUGGUUUGUUGGCAUGGAAUGGAGGAUGAAGGGACACCUUUUGAACAGAGUGUUUCCAUAGAAGUUUUGUCACAGGUCAGGAUUCCAAAGGCAGGUGCCUCCAUCCAGAAGACUCACCCCUGUGAGAAAUGUGUCCCAAUCCUGAAAGACAUUUUGCACUUGGCCCAUCUACCUGGGCAGAAAGUGUAUGUAGAUGGAGCAUGUGCAGACCUAUACCAGCCUCAAGAGCAUCACAGUGCAGAGAAGAGGGAUGUGGGCAGGGCUUCAUUUAUAAAGAGCUGCAUAUUCCAUGUGUCAGGGAAUCCCUUCACCUGGAGGAAAGUUGGAAAGGAGUUCCCGGACACAUUGGGCUUUCUCCAGCACCAGGUCAUUCUCAACAGUAAGAAGCCAAACAAAAUCACCAAGUGUGGGGAGGCCUUUCCUUGUGGAGAAAGUCAUUACAAAUCAUGUGAAUGUGGGAAAGCCUCCAGCCACAAACACAGCCUUGUUCACCACCCAAGAGUCUCUACUAGAAAAAGGGUUUACGAGUCUAGCAAAUAUGGGAAGGCUUUUCACUGCAAGUACUCACUUGUUCAGCUCCAGAGAUCCCGCACUGGAGAAAGGCCUUACGAGUGCAGCGAAUGUGGAAAAUCUUUUAGGCUAAGGGCCACCCUCAUUAUACACCAGAGAGUUCACACUGGAGAAAAGCCGUGUAAGUGUGGUGAAUGUGGGAAAUCCUUUAGUCAGUGUUCCAACCUUAUUGAACACUGCAGAAUCCACAGUGGAGAAAGGCCUUUUGAGUGUGAGGAAUGCAGGAAAGCCUUCGCGUGCAAAUCCAAUCUUGUGAGGCACCAGAGAACACACACUGGAGAAAAGCCUUAUGAGUGCAGUGAAUGUGGGAAAUCCUUCAGACAAAGCUUCACCCUUGUUCGACACCAGAGAAUUCACACCACAGCAAGCCCUUAUGUGUGUGACCAGUGUGGGAAAUCCUUUAGCCAAAGAGCUGCUCUCAUUAGACACCAGAGAAUUCACACCAGUAAAAGGCUUUACGAGUGUGGAGAAUGUGGGAAAGCCUUUGGAUCCAAAUCCAAACUUUAUCGGCACAACCGAAGUCACACUGGCGAAAGGCCUUAUGAAUGUGCUGAAUGUGGGAAAUCUUUUACACAAAGCUACAGCCUUGUUGAACACCAGCGAAUUCAUAGCAGAGCAAGGCCUUUUGAGUGUGGCCAGUGUGGGAAACGCUUUAGCAGAAGAGCUAUUUUCACUAAACACCAAAGAAUUCACACUGGAGAAAGGCCUUAUAUGUGUCAUGAAUGUGGGAAAUCCUUUAGUCGAAGCACCAGCCUUACUCAACACUGCAACAUUCACACAGGAGCAAGGCCUUAUGAGUGUGGCCGAUGUGGAAAAUCCUUCAGGCAAAAGUCUGUUCUCAUUCAACACCAGAUAGUUCACACUAGAGAAAGGCCUUACGAAUGCAGCAAGUGUGGCAAAUCCUUUAGCCAACGCUCUAGCCUCAGUCUCCACCAGAAAUUUCACAGCAUGGAGAGGGCCCGUGAAUGUAGGAAAUACGGGAAAUCCUUCAUUCCAACCUCCAAUGUUGUUUAA